AUGGAGGAACGAUAUGAUUCUACUGAGAGCUUAUCUACAAAUUCAUAUGAGGAUAUCGAGCAGCGAAUUAUUCUUCAUGUUUAUGAUGACGAGUCAAAAGAAUUCACUUCGCUUACCACCUACCACGGAAUGAUACGGAUCUACACAUCGACAACAUGGCCUUCACGAAUAUUUUGGUCCAUGGUAGUUGUAACAUGUUUGACACUUUUCAUGAUACAUAGUGCUCUGAUGCUUCUUUUCUACCAUUCACACCCAACAUUUAUCAAAACCACAAAUAUGCUGCUUAGCGAUAAAUACCUGCCCAAAAUUACAGUAUGCAGAUCGUUCGGCGCACGUCAGUGGAUGAACUAUCCAGGUGCAAUGACCUUUCUGAUAGACAAAAUCAAGUUUAUCAGAAGAUUUGAAGAGAUAUGGAAGCACAAAGGUCUACUAUACUCUUUCAAUGCUGUGCUAGCUGGUGGUGUGAUGAACGAAGAUGACAUCAAAAACCUCGCUCUUCUCGAAAACAUUUUCUUUGAAACAACAAAAAAGAAGUUCAACCUGGAAAAUUUCCUACUGCAGAACAGGCCUAAAAGCAAGAUGGCUUGCUCAGCAGGGCAUUGUCAAGAAACCCAACGUAUAGUAACCCCAAGUGGAUACUGUAGCACUUACAAAUGGAAGCCAAUCUCUUCCACCCUGCUGUCGUUUCGCAUAGAUGUGGUUAGUGAACCCGAUGAAUCACUGAUGUUUUUCGUGCACCCGGCUAAUUCCAAACCUGCCAGUUCCAAUGGGCUCCACUUACGUCGGGGACAAAUAGCUAAGCUGGUCGUGCAACCCAAAAAGAAAAUUCAUCUCAAAAUUGGAGAUUGGGGAAAUUGUAUGAGGGACACAGCUGUUCAUGCUUCCUCUGACUAUAACAGAAAUGGCUGCGAAUUAGACUGCGCUGCCAAGCAUUACGAGCAACAGUGUGAAUGUUCCCCAUUUUUUGCAAAUCAUAAGACAAAAAGGCCGUGUACUUUGAUGGAAACGGCUUUGUAUCGAGGGAAAGAGAAAACUUUUGUGGAAAGAUGUCACUGCCCUUUAGAAUGUGAAGGGAUGGACUAUGAAUAUGCAGCAUUAUCUUACGUGAAGAAAAGACAGAGGAACGUGUCAACCAUUGAAGUACAAAUGCAGUCACGUCAUGUAUAUGUGGAAGAACAGCUAAAGCGAAUCAAACCAGUGGAUCUCCUCAGUUACGUCGCGGGAAGUAUGGGUUUGUUCCUGGGUAUGAGUUGUGUUACUUUACUAGAAAUAUUUAUCUACUUGUUCAAAAGCGUUUGGGGUGUAUUUAACGACCAGAGGCACAAAUCCUAUUAUCUUGAGAAUCUGCUUGGAAUAACCGAUACAAGCUCUAAUGGAUCAGAGGAAGAAAUUGUAAUCACAGCUCGAAAAUCUCCUCCGCUUGAAGAUACACACAGUUCUUCCACCUCAGCCGAAGAGAUAUGCAGCAAACCUUAUGACAAUGAGAAAACCCCUUCCCGAGUCAAAAUCGAAAUCGUUCACCACCCUAUGGGUAGAAGAAAAUCAGUGUACAAUCACCACUUAGAUUUCUAG